AUGUGCAAAGCUCUGAGCAAACGCAACCAGUGGGAGAUGGAAGGAUUGAGAGGAGGAGAGGGGUCUUCCAGCAAUCAGUGCAGGAAUUUCCUCUCUUCUCCCGCUGUGUUUGGCACUCCGUCCAGCAGAACAGUCCCGGGAUUAGCCUACCCUGGCCCUGAAAGGUCCGGUUCUUCUCGAUCGGAUGCCACCAAAGAAGGACCAACAUGUCCAGCUUCAACUGGGCCGUCAGCCCCCUCUCUUGGAUAUGGUUACCACUUUGGAAACGGAUAUUACAGUUGCCGCAUGUCUCAUGGUGUGGGACUACAACAGAACCCACUUAAAUCCACCAGUCAUGCCUCUAUAGGUAGUUUUCCAGUAGAGAAAUACAUGGACGUGUCUAGUUUGGCCAGUACAAGUGUCCCUAGUAGUGAGGUACCUACGAGGGCUAAGGAAGUAUCUUAUUUUCAGGGCUACACUAACCCCUACCAACAUGUCCCUGGAUACCUAGACAUGGUGUCAACGUUUAGCUCUGGGGAGCCCAGGCAUGAGACAUACAUCUCCAUGGAAGGCUAUCAAUCAUGGACUCUCGCUAACGGGUGGAACAGCCCAAUGUACUGUGCAAAGGACCAGGCUCAAGCCCCACACUUCUGGAAGUCGUCAUUUCCAGGAGACGUAGCACUAAAUCAGCCAGACAUGUGUGUCUACAGACGUGGAAGAAAGAAGAGAGUGCCUUACACCAAGCUGCAACUCAAAGAACUAGAAAACGAAUAUGCCACUAACAAGUUCAUUAACAAGGACAAGAGGCGAAGGAUAUCAGCAGCAACCAACCUUUCUGAGAGACAGGUCACCAUAUGGUUUCAGAACAGGAGAGUAAAGGACAAAAAAAUAGUAUCUAAACUAAAGGACAACAUCUCCUGAUCUUGUAUGAAGCUCCGAAGUACAGUUAAACGCAAACCCCGGAAACGAUUACAGUGUCAGUGUAUUAUAUCUGCGGAGUUUCUCGCACAAGGUUGCCGAUGACCUCAGAUAUUUUCUUUCAAUAGGUUUCUAUAUAUAUAUAUAUUUUGAUGAAUCCAAAAUCCCUGUUUUUGGUCUCUAACCGAAACAACAAUU